UCUAGGGAAAAAUCUUCAGAGCAGAUUCUUUCACCGAUUGAGUUCUCUUCUUCAAUUUAUGUCACUUCAAGAUUACAAUAUAUAUAUAGUUUAUAUAUACCUUGAUUAUGUCACUUCAAAAUCAUAUAUCACUUUCAAUACUCUGCAUCAAAAUCCUCUCUUGUUCAAGAUACAGAUCUGCUUCAGAUGGAAGCAAUGGAUAACCAAAAUAUUGAUGAACACUGGUGAAGGACACGUUGAUGAGAAGAAAGGAAAUCAUGGUCCGAGGUCAUGGGUGUGGAAACAUUUUGAUUAUGAAAAGGGGGCGAUUCAAGUGCAAUGUCCAUAUUGUAAGCAUGUUCUUGCUGCUAAUUCAAAAAAAAAAUGGUACAGGUUCCUUGAUAAAUCAUUUGAAAAAUGUAUGCAAAACAUCACCGGUUUACAAAAAAGAAGAUUUAAAGAAGCAAGCUACUUUGAAGUUCAAACCUGGAGCAGGUUUGGUUAAUCACUCUUUUAGCCAAGAAAAAUGCAGAGAGUUGGUAGCCCGCAUGUGUAUCAAAGAUAAUCAGCCAUUUAGCAUUGUUGAUGAUAAGGGGUUUAGGGAGUACACGUGGGGAUUGAAUCCCAGCUUCAAAAUUCCGUCUAGGUGGACGGUUGCUAAAGAUUGUAUUUCUAUAUACAAAGAAGAGGCCAACAAACUCAAAGAUCUUUUGAAAGACCAAACCGUGUCUCUUACUACAGACACUUGGACUUCAGUCCAAAACUAUAACUAUAUGUGUCUUACAGCUCAUUGGAUCGAUGAUAGUUGGGUGCUAAGAAAGAAGAUACUUAACUUUUGCCAAAUACCAAAUCAUAAAGGCAGCACAAUUGGAAAGGUAGUUUAUAGUUGCUUAAGAAAAUGGGGUAUCAAUCGAGUUUUGACAGUUACCGUCGAUAAUGCUUUAUCAAACGAUGGGGCUAUUAAUAUUUAGCUACCAUGCUCAAAGGGCCUCAUGCUAUCUUAGAUUGCAAAUAUUUGCAUUUAAGAUGUUGUGCACAUAUAAUAAAUCUUGUUGUGAGGGAUGGUUUAGAUGAACAGUUUCAGUCUAUUGCUAGGAUUCGUAAUGCAGUGAGGUAUGUAAGAUCUUCUUGUACUAGAUAUGACAACUUCACAGAAUGUGUUCAAAAGUUGGAAAUUUCUUGUAAGAGAAAACCAUGCCUUGAUGUUGAGACAAGAUGGAACUCUACCUAUCAUAUGUUGGAAAUAGCCGAGAAGUAUGAGGUUGCGUUUAAUAGGCUUUCAUCCGUUGAUUUCAAUUAUCGAUCUUACUUUCGAGGUAGUGUCGAGGAUGAUGGUGAGGAAAGUACUAGAAAAAGGAAGAGGGGUGACCGAGUUGCAGGGGCACCUAAAGUAGAGGAUUGGGAAACUGCUCGGUUAGUUGAUGAACCGGAUUGAAUUUUUGAACUUCUGAGUUGAUGAACCUGAUCGUCCUCAGCCGGCCAGCCUAUCAUUUUAUCUAUUUAUAUAUCUGUUAUUCUAUUUUUCGUUAUUGGCAUUGUAGUUUCUGUAAACCUUGACUUUUGUGGACCUCUUUGAUGGAUUUUGAUGUGUUUUUUUUAAAACUGAUAAUGAAUGAAUUGUUAUUGAAGUA